AUGGAGACUGACAGAGAAGCUACAGCUCUGUAUUCGUUUGAUCCCUUCAAGUUUGGUUUAUUUUUACUAGCAUUCUACAUUAUUCCAUACCCUGUUUAUCGAUUUAUAGCACAUCGCUUGAAAUGGGAGACAAAUCAAAAGACAAUGUCUCGUCAUUGGAGCGAUUUAUUUGAUGGCAUUUCCUAUGGAUUGAUACUGUUCAUCUUUGGCAACUAUUCCAACACGCUGAGCUGGAUCACAGUGGCUGCAUUUUAUCCCUCACUGUUUGGCUACGCUCUCAUUGCUGAACUGCCAUUUACCAAGACGUCUUUGCCCAAUAUCAGAAACUGGCCAAAGGGGAUGUGGGCUGUCUUUCUUACUGCAGUAGCCAUCAUUCUUGUAUUUGCAGGAUAUCACAUCUAUCUUGGCUACUUGCUGCCAAUGCCAUUUGUCAUCUACUAUGUGUCAUGUCUCUCCAUUCCUGCUGCCAUUUUGGCGUCUUCCUUCUUACUAUCCAAAGAGCAUCAGGAACAGGCUGAUGAAGGCACCACUCUGUUACCAGUGGCUGCAGCACCUCAGAACGUUCAUAAUCCAUAUACCAGACAGGUAGCCAUUCAUUUGCACCAUUGGCAGAUCUUUUACGUGUUGGCAUUCUUUACACGAUUCGAUCAUCCUGUCUCUCAGGUAGGUGCUGGCAUUGUAUUGGCGUGUUAUAUGGAGGGCAUCUGUGCAUACGGCUACGAUCGUUUGGUCAAUGAUGGUUAA